GUUAAGGAGGCUAGCUGUCAGCAAGUGUGAUGAGCGACCUUUGUUCGAUUGCAGUAAGAGACAAAAUGUUUUCGCUUUUUUUUUCGUUUGUUUCCAGCAGCACUUUUAAUAAGUUAAUCAACAGUUUUUCAACAUUGUAAGAAUAAAAAAAACAGACUGUCAAAAGAAUAAAUAAGCGAGUAAACGCACAAACACACGAGCGAACAAAGAAACGAACGAGAGAAAGAGCGAACAACCAAAAAAACCAACAAACGAAAUAACAAGCAACUGUCUAAUGAACAAACGAAUUAAAGGGGGAACGAACGAAUGAAAGAGGGAAUGAAAAAAUGAAAAAAAGAAUUGAAAAAUUAACAAAAAAAAGAGAAACAAAUGAAAUAACUAGAUACCGAAUGAAACAACGCCGGAACGAACAAAUGAAAGAACGAACAAACAAAGAAAGGAAUAAACGAAAAAAGUGGAUGAAUGAACCGACGGGCGGGCCGGAGAACCAGAGGAAAGUGAGAGUUCGUCAACCACUCAGUCAGUCAGACUGAAAGACUGGAAGACAUAAAGAUGAACGUUCUCCAUUUACUUAGUUUUCUUAUGAGAAAUUCUUACAUCAUGGAUUUCUCUUUAUCAGAUCUCAAUGAUUCAUCAUGGCUAAAAUAUUGAGAGGCCGGUUACAGCCAUUAAUGAGAGAAGCACUGGCUGAGUUCAUGGCAACAUUUAUCUUAGUGUCCUUUGGCCUUGGCUCCGUAGCUCAAUUUACUCUGAGUCGCAGUCAACUUGGAACCUUCUUCUCGGUAAAUUUCAGCUGGGGAGUUGCAGUCACGAUGGGUUGUUACUGGGCUGGGGGAAUAUCAGGUGCACAUAUGAAUCCCGCUGUGACCCUGGCCCUUGCUGUGGUGCGGCGAUUGAAGUGGACCAAAGUUCCUGCAUACUGCCUCGCUCAGCUGCUUGGAGCCUUCUUUGCGUCAACUGUUGUUUACGGAAUUUACCGUGAUGCUCUAGACGCAUUCGACGGUGGUAUUCGUCAAGUGACAGGCCCCAACGCUACCGCAGGGGUCUUUGCAACGUAUCCAAAGCCUUUCGUGACGACUGCAAAUGGAUUUGCUGACCAGUUUUUUGGCACCGCUCUCCUUGUCAGCUGCAUAUUCGCUAUCCUGGACCGCAACAACAAUGCCCCCGACCAGGGGGUGGCACCGGUCAUGAUUGGUCUGGUCGUGUUUUUGAUUGGCACCACCUUUGGAUUAAACUGCGGUUACCCCAUCAACCCCGCUAGGGAUCUGGGGCCAAGAAUUUUCACUGCAAUGGCUGGAUGGGGAUCUGAAGUGUUUACGGCAUAUAAUAAUUGGGCCUGGGUCCCAGUCGUAGCAUGUCCGUUAGGGGGAGUACUGGGUGCCAUUGUCUACAUCAUAACCAUUGAGUUUCAUCAAUCAGCAUCUGCAGAUACAGAACAUCCCUAUGAACCAAUUUGUACAGCAGCCGCCAUGACAGAGCAGAAGGAAUCACUGUUAUCCUGAACAACAAUGACUUAGCAAGAUGAUUAAUCUUCAUGACUAACUAUAUAA